UCCAAAUGAAAGUGCAAUGAGUGGUUCUCCCCCUUCAAAACUUGAGAGAACAUCAUCUCCCACAGUCCAUUCCAAAUUAUCAAACCUUCCAAAAUAAACAAACCCAGAAAUAAAUUGAUACUCAUUAUCAUAUUGUAUCAAGUUACUAAUAUCAUACUGGCCUCAGAAUCUCUCAUAGGACCUAAGUAACCUGUAGGGGAUUCAGUAAGCCAUGGCCUCCACCUCCUCCACACUUACCAUCUCCUCCUCUUCUACCCCUUUUGACACCAAGACUCCUCGCCACUCCGCCGCACCCUCACCUCAAUGUGUGACACUCCCUACGCUUCCUCCACCGCCGGUGCAGUCUCAAAACCGCCCAGGGAAGACCACUGCCUAUUGCCGUAAGAUUGCUCGCAAUGUCAUGGCCAUGGCCACUGGGGAAGCACCAGCAGAAGUUGCAACAACCGAGCUGCCAGAGGUUUUGAAGACAGUUCAAGAAGCUUGGGACAAAGUUGAAGACAAGUAUGCAGUGUCUUCACUUGCAGUAGCUGGUGUUGUUGCAGUAUGGGGCUCUACCGGGAUGAUUUCGGCAAUUGAUAGGCUUCCUUUGAUUCCUGGUGCUCUCGAGCUUGUUGGCAUUGGCUACACUGGGUGGUUUGCAUACAAGAACCUGGUGUACAAACCAGACAGGGAAGCUUUGAUACAGAAGAUAAAAGACACAUACAAAGACAUAAUUGGCAGCAGCUAGAACAAAACCAGAA